AUGCCAGCACCACCGAAGCAAGCCUGCGCAAAGCCGGAAGAGAGGCGCCUCUUCCUUGCCCACCGCCGUCUCGGACUUUGUGGUGGCGGGCGCGACGCCAUUCCUCUCGUUGCCGCUGCUGCUUUUCAUACCCCGCCCCGCCCCGCCUCCCUCAACUCUCCCCAUCACAGAGCGCUCGACCACCAAAGGAAAGGCAGCUCUGCUGGCGCACGCACACAAACACACACACACACACACGUGACCACGCUCCCCGUAUUCACGAAAGAGGACGCUGCGGCUGCCAUCGCCCACCCCCUCCCCAUGGAGGCGUCGCGCUACAUCUACACAUACCGCAUCUUCGUGAGCGGCCGAGUGCAGGGUGUCUUUUACCGCAAGUACACGGCGCUCAAGGCCACAGAGCUGGGCGUGACAGGCUUUGUGCGCAACUUACCAGACGGCCGGGUCGAGAUCUUGGCCGAGGGGACCACGGCACAAAUCGGCGCACUGGAGACGUGGUGCCACAGAGGGUCGCCAAAGGCGCAGGUGACGGCCGUGGAGGUGGAGGAUUGCACGCAGUUGGUGCCUCCGAGCGGCGGUGCAGAGGCAAGCGCGAAGCCUCCGGUGCACCGCACGAUGAGCGGCUUCGUGGUGAGCCGCUAG